CACUUGUCUGGAGCUGGUUAAAGUGACCACAGCAUACACAUCGUCUUUUACAGUCCGUGACAGCUGCUUGGUAUGACUUUCAGCGCUGUUACCGGACAGGAUAGCAGACGGAUAAACCCUUCAGCACAACAGUGGAAUCGAGUUGGGUGAAGUUUUAACUGCGAAAUUCAUUUCUUCUUGGUGAGAUUUAUGAUGAAGCCCUAAUGCGCACAGGAAAGAAAUAUUACAACUUUUCGCACUUUUUACGCAGAGAUUAUUACAUUUGAUUUGUAACAUGAUAACCCAUAGACUUCACAGCAGGUUAUCAACCAAAAUGCCGGGUCAAGUCUAGAUUAUCGCUUCUGAUAUCAAGUAACAUUUGUAUGGAAAUCACAGUGCUUGUUAAUUAACUGGCGGAGUGACGUUUUGUUUCUGGGAUUCUUUGAAUACGCUUGGCCUGUGCGCUAGUUCGCGCUGCUUCGGGCUAUGGAGAUACCACUAGGAUUAGGAGGAGUUUGUGACUCCCCUAACACAGUUUUCCGCGGAUCCUACCCAAGCCCUUUCUACGACUAUAGAGGUGCACGCCAAACUAGCUUUGACUACUACCACAACAGACUGGACCUCUCUAGCUCCAAGUGCGGCUUCUUGCACCAAGUACACACGCGGGAAAUGCGCCAAACUAGCAGACAGCCAGCCCGUGAGGGGACACGCUCUGGAACUACUUGCAUCUCUGGCUAUGAAGUUAGUGCGAAACUGGGAGGCGCUGACAAGAGUCUGAGCUGUGGAACAAGUCGCACGAAUGCCACCAAAAGCUUCACUGACACCGACGAUAAGUUUCCAGACAUUGCUGGGGACAGCGGCAAAGAGUUUAUAGACUGUCAGACCAAUUCACGGUCCCUUCGCACAGAACUCAACUCUUGCGGAUCACCUUCGCCUCGUCACACACUCAGGAUACAUUCUAAUAGUGACGCGUGUGUGGCACACACUUCCCCUGUUGCUGCCAGCACAACCAUCUCAGAGACUGCGAGAGAGCUGUGCAACGCGGUGUCUGUCUCAUUGGGGUUGACCAUGGAGUCCAACGAGGUGCACGUAGGUGACGAGGAAAUCCCUGCGCCUUCUCUGUCGCCUGACCACACUGACGGAAACUUAUUUGAGGUGCAGUUACUGGACAGCGGGACUGGAGGAGGGUCCGUGGCGGGCGUGCCCAUGAGAGAGUACAGAAAUCCAGCAGCAGACGGCAAAGUAUUCGGGAUGUUUAAAAGUAGGCCCGGGGAUGUGUCCUGCUUGGCAGGGGGAGUGGAGACUCUUCAGGACCUUACGCCGCCUCGCCCAGGCUGGCCCGAAAACGAGUUCACGCCACAGCAGCACACAUCAUGCACGGGCUUCGCUAAAGACUCGACCUUGAUCAUGGACAACUCUCGGUAUCACGUUGAACAGCUGUUGCCCACCAACUUGACAAACUUCAGCUCAGUCGAGCCACUACCUGCCAGGUCUGUCAGUAGCCCUCCUCUUGCCAUCUACAAGCCCACCACCGCCUACAGCACGGAUGUUGCAGAGACAGCAGAGGAGAAAUAUUACCCAAACCAUUACAACAGGAAGAUCAAGUCAGAGGUGAUGAGUGGUGAAGUUCCAGGAGUUUGGGGGUACCCCCACCGGCAUGCCGAGAACGCCAAUGCCCCCUAUAGUCCUUAUCGGCCGGCCAUACACUCAUAUUGCUCUGCUGUGCAGCCUCCCUAUGUAUCGAAUAAAUCCUAUGACUACGGUGGAGGGGGACUGAUGACUCGGGAGAGGAGCAGUUCAGACUCUCAGUGGUACGCGAGUGGGAUGCUGUCCAGAAUGACUUAUCCAACACCUGCAUGCGUAAAAAAUGACGUUGGACAAUGGCUGGACAUGUCAUCAUACACUGACGGAAGGUUCGAUGGAGGGCGUGAGCACAUGUUUCCUAUGGAGUUCUUCUUCCCUCCCCAUCGCACCUGUCUGAUCUGCUCUGACGAAGCGUCUGGCUGCCACUAUGGGGCCCUCACGUGUGGAAGCUGCAAAGUCUUCUUCAAGAGGGCUGCAGAAGGUAAACAGAAGUAUCUGUGUGCGAGCCGAAACGACUGCACCAUCGACAAGCUGAGGAGGAAGAACUGUCCAUCCUGUCGCCUGAAGAAGUGCUUCGAGGCAGGCAUGAGCCUGGGAGCCCGAAAGCUGAAGAAGAUUGGCCAGCUGAGGGAAGCAGAGGAGCAGGGAGGGGCGGUGGCUGUGGCAGGAGGAGCCCAGGGCCCCAACAUGGAGGUCCCCAGGAUGAUGUCACCCAAGCCUGGCCUGUCCUUCCACUCGCACCCCGUCUUCCUCAACAUCCUCCAGGUGAUUGAGCCGGAGGUGGUGAAUGCGGGCCACGACCACAGCCAGCCGGACUCGGACGCGGUACUGCUGACCAGUCUCAACGAGCUGGGGGAGAGGCAACUGGUCAAGGUGGUCAAGUGGGCCAAGGGACUACCAGGGUUCCGUAACCUGGACGUGGAUGACCAGAUGACGGUGAUCCAGUACGCCUGGAUGGGAGUGAUGGUGUUCGCCAUGGGCUGGAGGUCCUACAAGAACGUCAACGCCAAGAUGCUCUACUUUGCCCCAGACCUCAUCUUCAACGAGCGGCGUAUGCAGAUCUCCAGUAUGUAUGAGCACUGUGUGCAGCUGAAGCACUUUUCCCAGGAGAUGGUGCUACUGCAGGUCACCCAGGAGGAGUACCUCUGCAUGAAGGCCUUGGUCCUCUUCAGCAUUGUUCCAACGGAGGGUCUGAAGACGCAGAAGUAUUUUGACGAAUUGCGCGGGACUUACAUCAGUGAGCUGAAUCGUUUGAUAAGUGACCAGAGGAAGACGAACUGUGCCCAGCGUUUCAACCAGCUCACAAAACUAAUGGACAACUUGCAGCCGAUCGUCAGGAAGCUUCACCAGUUCACCUUUGACCUCUUUGUGAGGACGCAGUCUCUGAACAGCAAGGACUGGAUAGGUCGGGAAAAGACAACUUGACGGGAAAAUGAAACCUGCCUACCAGACAAACUAUCAAUCUAUCCCUCUGAUGCGUAGCUACGGCCCAACAAUACAUGGAGGUGAACAAGUCAGAUGUAUGUAGACAUGUCUAUGCAUAAAUGUGCCCUUGCGUUUUUUUUUGUUUUUUUUUACCUGUUAGGGUUUCUGGUUUUUGGUGUCAUGUCACAAAUGAUCAGAAGGCUGCACAAUCAAUCACACAAUCAGUAUGAGAAUAACAAAUGAUCAGAAACAACACUACUGUACAUUAUAAAACAACAUUUAAAGACAAAGACACAGCUUACUUUUUACUUCAUUCUGCAUGGUUAUCAUCACACAAAGACUGAUAUGUGAACUGUAAAAUCGGAAAACGUUGAUAAACCUAUACAAACAACAGAUUCAAUCAUGGUACAGCAACUUAAUUUUCACCUAAUUAACCACUUCAUUUCCACUAUAAAGUGACUUUCACUUUUGUACAUACAGUAAACUUGGUUGAUUACAGUUUCUUGGCUCGGCAUUCAACGUUGCAGCCUGGUUGAAACAACAUGAAAACAUACUAUGUGGUUUUCUUUUUCAGAUACAGUAAAGAUGCACGUGUGUUUAUAUAACGUAAACUGUUAAACGAUGUGGAAACUUGUGCGCUGUUUAUGUGUAUUAUAUUCUGUGAUGUAUAUUAUGUAUUUUGUACAACUGAUGGAUAUGUGUUGUGCUAUGUAUGUCCUUAUAUUUGUAUAUCAUUUGUAUAUUACCUUUCUGUUCAUUUGUAAAUAGUUUCAUUACAGUUUUGGAGUGACAGCUAUGCUUCAUGGUAAAUGUUUUUUUUUAAAUCACCACAUUGCUUUCUUCACAAAGGUAGACAGCUUAUCCUUGCUAUCUGUCUGCUAGCAAUAACUUUAUCAUGGCAUGAUGGACACGCAUUUUACUAUUACUGUAAAUGGGUUCAAAAUAUGACUCAAAUGGAUGUAAUGAAUUGUAGACAAAAAUAAUCUGGCGGCUAAAAUUGUGCCAUUAAGGUCUUACAAUGCAAUGAUGAUAUGUUGUGUAUAUAAUGUUACUGAACCAGCCUUUAAGCUUCAGUUGUAAUGCCUCUUCUUGCCUUUACUCUACUGCAUUUGACUAUGUAUACUUUCCUCUCUAGAUGUCCUAUCAAAACCCAUCAUUCAUUUCACCAGCGAAUCAGACCACAUCGUUUGGGUAUAGGUAGACUCGUACUGCUUCGUACCUUGGGUUCAUUUGUGUGUAGGGUUCAUCUUUCACAAGUAGUCAGCACUUCACCAGGCUAACUAAUUACUGACUGCUUGUUUGUGGUCUUAGAAUGUGAAAUGUGGUUUACGGUCAGAUUUUUAUGUUCUGAAUAUAUUGUGUCAUUCACGGGUGUUAUUUCGCAGUCCUUCUAAUUGAUCAACAUAUGCAAUUUGAAAAAGAAAAUGUGAAGAAUUGUAAAUAUGCUUUGUUAAACGAUGUAGUUGUUAGUUCAUCUUCAACUUUGCAAACUUAUGCACACUCUUCUUUGCUAAUUUUUGCUUCCAGUAUAGUGUGGUACUCUUAGGUUUUGUAGUGCUGUGAACAGCAAGCGAUCAUGUGAUAUACUCCUAACCAAAGUGGAUGUCUGUCAGUGGUGUAGUCUACGUAGAACGCAGGUAUACGCAGUAUACCCACUUAAAAUUUCAGGGAUUUCAGUAUACCCACCUAAAAUUGAUUGAUCCAUUAUUUAGAAUAGCACAAAUAUAUACAGUAUACCCACUUCAAAAAAUGAUCAAAUAUACAGUAGGGCCUAUACCUACCACAAAAAAGUAAACUACACCACUGAUGCCUGUGCAUGCUUGCUUGCAUACUAGUAUAUACUACGUAGCCUACAGAGGAAAAGAUACAUGUCUGCCAGUAGGGCCUAUAGACAGAUUUUAAAGACGACACUGCCUUUACAAUAUAAGCCAAGGUUCAAACAUCAAAGCUGUUGUUAGAGGGGUUGUCUCUCUAACACCACACUAAGCAAUAAAAUGAUGACAUGUCAGAAUAGCCCACAGUGCCUCUCAAAAUGAGUUGCAGUAAGUUUAGCGCAAGUUGACCAAAAAGCUUUAAUGUCAUUCACAAGGAACCCUUUCUAUUGUAGAUUAGUAGCUAUCUCUCCUCUGUGGAUUGCAUACUCAGUUUAUUGGCACACUUUAAAUUGUCAUCAUUAAAACAAAAACCAAAACAGUUAAUCCCAACAUGUUUUAUACUGUAACAAAUGAAGAAACAUAAUGCACUGUAAUUCCAUACAGUUUGCCAUAUUAAGGCCCAGACAAAGCAUAAUGGUAGUCAAAUACAUGGUGGUGGACAUUUUGUAAAAUAUGAAUGUAAGUUUGCCAUUUGAGCAGAUCGUUUUACGUGGUUUUCUGACUGAACAACAAAUCUGUGUAAACUGAAUAUGAUUAAAAGUGUUUUUUAAUCUUUUGUGUCGCGUAGAACAGUAUUUGAAUUUAAUUGGUAUUGCAUUUUAAAAUGUGAUGUCCAGUGUGGACAACUGUGGAUAUAUUCAUUUUGGUGUUCUGAACUGUUUUUGAUCUUCAAUUUGAAUCUUCAAAUUCCAUUUCUAUUUGAGCCUUCGUAAGUUCAUCAAUUCUGUUAGUGUUCAUUCCUGUUAGAGGUAGCUAUUGCUUAAAAUCCACCAGGGCCCUGGAUCUGUAUACUGUUGACUGUCUUGUAAAUGAAGAUUCAGAUGUCUCUUUAUUGGUGUAUUUGAAUAAUAAAACAAGGCGUGAUGUCUCAUUAAGUGCA